AUGCCUCCCGUCAAGAAACGAGUUUCUGGUGUUGGAGCUGCAGUUAAACCGCCGACAAAACGUGGGAGAAAACCAAAAGUUGUUAAUCCAUUACCAGAACAGGAUCCGGAGCCAGAUCAAAACGAUGGUGGAGAUUGUAUCGAACCAACUGAAGAGCAGAAAAUGCCAGCUCCUGUAAAACGUGGAUGUCCUCCUGCAAAGAAAAAUGCAGCUGAUGAUUUGAAAGACCCAACUGUUGAUGACAAAAUGGAAGAAAAUGGGGAGAGAAUUAAUGAAGAGAAAGUCGUAACUCCUGCGAAAAAGAAAGCCCCUAAAGGAAAAAAAGCGGUUCCACUUAAGAGCAACGCGAAAAAAGGUGAGUUAAAGGGUCCCAAAAAAGUUUCUUCAGCCAAAAAAGCCCCUCUUAAAAAGAGCAAGAGGCUUUUGGCCGCUGCUAAUGAAAAUAAUGAUGCGGCAGAAGACCAAAUUGUUUCAGACGCAGAAGUCAAAAAUGAUGAUGGGCAUGAUCAACAGCUUGUCUCGACAGAGAAUCAUCCAGAAGAACAGAUUAUCUCACCAGAAGAAGAACAAGUUUCGCAACCAACACAGGAUCAAAUCCACUCGCCGGAAAAGCCGGCUGAAAGUGGUGAUACUGAAGCUCCACCGCCAAAAAAACGCGGGCGAAAGCGUAAAGAUGACGGAGCACCGGCAGUUCCACCCGCCAUAAGAAAUAAGAAAUCCACUAAAAGAAAGUAA